AUGUGGUUCGCACAGACCUAUGACCCUCUUCAAGCUGGAUCGAUCGAUGGCACUGACACUACUCCACACGAUCACGCGGUGAAACGAGCACUCAACUCUCAUUAUGUACCUCCCCGCCAAUUGACAACCGAUCCCGAAAAGACCAUCUUUGUGGGAAGACUGAAUCAUGCUACAACCGAAGAAAGUCUGCGAGCAUGCUUUGAGCGAUAUGGUACCAUCACGCAUCUCCAUCUUCCAUGCAACAUUGUCACUGGUACAUCCCAAGGAUAUGCUUUUGUCACCUUCAAGCAUCGAUAUGAAGCACGUGACGCGUAUGAAAAGGGACAUCGUACUGUAUUGGAUGAGCAUGUUCUUCUUGUGGAUUAUGAAAGAAGCCGGAUGAUGAAAGGAUGGGUGCCAAGACGAUUGGGUGGUGGAUACAGUGGCAACAAAGAAAGUGGGCAAUUGCGAUUUGGUGGAAGAGAUAAACCAUUUCGAUGGCCAACAAAAAGAAGGGAUGUGGAAGAAGAUCCAAUUGUCUUACAAGACCAACGAAGAUCGGAUACUUGGCGAGUGACAAAGGAAGAUGAACGUAAAAGAAGAAGCCAUCAAUCACCAAGAAGGCGAUCACCCUCUCGACAUCGCCAUCAUGUAUCGCCCAAACGACAAAGACGUUCUCGAUCCCCAUCCCAUCAUCGUCGUCAUAGAUCAUCCACUCGUACUAGCGGAUCACGAUGGAGACAUCAUCCUCAUUGA